UUUGAAGCCUGUGAAUCGUGGAAGCUGCAUUUCAGGUGUUUUAUACAGUCUUCGGUUUGAGUUACGUAACUUACUACUCAAAUAAUAACUCGGCUGCUGUUGAGUUGAUUGAGUUACGGUGACAUGAGCGGAAUUCAGGGUUCGGUAGAAAGACCUCUUGGUAAUUGGCGCUAAAAUUAAAAUCUGAUCGGUGGGAGAUUUUUUGGAAGCAUUGUGUGCUGUGUGGGUUGUCUCGUUUAGAUGGUGAGAAUUUAGAUUUGGAGAGGCUGAAGAACAGGGCUGCGAAGUUUUAUUUUACUGUCUAAGGUGAAAGGCGUUGAUAUUUCUGAUUUUUAGAAAGUCGUAUUUUUCAUGAUAGUGUCCUUGUUAGUCUUUUGGAUUGUACCAGAAGUUAAUAACCUAUUAAAUUCUGCAAAUGAUAUGUUAGUUAUUGGUGUCUUUGAAGUGUAAGUAUUGCUGGUAAUGGAAUUGUUAAAUAAGCUGUUUUUGGAUUGUGAACUACUAAUUUUACUAGAUCUUGUGGACAUGGCAUAUUAUGAGUUUUAAAAGGCUCUCUAUGGUAGCAGACGGAAGCUAUUAAACUAAAAUGCUAAGAUCAUUAUUAGAUGAAACAAGCAAAUUAUUUUAUUGUAUUUUUAAAUCAAGUAAAUCUUACCCUGUACCUAAGUAACUUUUGCCUGGAUAGACCUGAAGUAGACAAGGAUGGAUUCAUUAAUAAUAUUAACUUGUUUUAGAAUGUUAAAAUGGGAGAGGAUGUAUAUUUUACCAGGUUGGUAACUGCUUAUGUGCCCUUCCUGAAUUAUGAUCUUUAUUAAAAAGCUCAUCAAGACAUACCAAGAAAUUUGUCAAUUUUGUAUAUCACUAUACAAAGAUGUCCUAUUUCUCUGAUAAUUUCUGAUUUCAGGGUGUCUGGGAAAAAGUUUACCUAUGUGCUUUAGAAUAUAGUUUUUGAUCAUGUACUUGUUGAGUUGGAAGCAAUUGAAAUGUUACAUAGCCUAACCUCUUCAUUUUCCUGGAAAAGCAAAGUGAGGUUUAUAGAGUUAAGAAGUCCAUAGUCUGGCUGCAAUUAGUGGCAGAAUUGGAAUCAAGUGCUAAAAUGCUUGUCUCCAGAUUGCAAGUACAGUGCUCUUUUUAUUAUAUUCUGCUGUUAAAUAAAGAAACCAAUAAGAUACUCUUCUCAAAUUCAUAUAUGCAGCAGCAGGGUUUUUUUUUUUCCCCCCUUUCCUUUCUAAAAUAACCACUAAGCAUAGUUAAUUCACUCUCCUUGAAGGAUUUUUAGUUUUUCAUUAUUUCUAACAAUGUACAAUGAAAAUCUUGAUGUAUGUCUCCUGGGGUACAUGUGUGAAGGUUUCCCUAGAGUGCUGUCCAUCUGCCUGGAAAUGGAAUUGCCGGACUUUAGAUCAGUGUGCAUUUUGAACUUGACUAGCUACUGCACAGUAUCCUCUAAACUUGUAACAAUUUGCAUUCCUGCCAACAUGAGUCAUGGGCUUCUCAUCCUUGCCCUCACUUGGAAUUUUCAAAUUGACAUUGUCAGAUUUUUAAAAUUUUGAUGUAGUUAUAUCAAAAAGAUUUUAUUUAACUUGUUUUAAUUUACAUGAAAUUAACUAUUUUCACUGCAUAAAAUGUUUUGACAAAUACAUAGAGCUGUAUAACACCAAAAUCAAAAUAUAUGACAGUUCUUUCACCCCAAAUUCCCUUUUACUUGUGGUCUAUCCUUCCCAUGACCAUUUCUUACAUUUAGCAUAAUACGUUUAAGAUUUAUCUGUGUUUUCACGUGUUCAUCCAUGUUGAGUGACAAAUCAGCCAGUUCCAUCUGUUUUAAUGUUGAAUGUAGUAUUCCAUUGUGUGGAUUUAUCACUGUUUAUCCAGUCACCAGUUAAAGGAUUGAGUUUUCAGGGUUUUUUGGUGGUUAUGAAUAAAACUGCUAUAAAUUUUGGCCUAUCAGUCUUCAUUUCUCUCAGGUGAGCACUUACAAGUGGAAUUGUACAUUAAUUUUAAGUGUAUGAUUAACUUUAUUUUUUAAUUUUUUAAAUUUUUAUUUAUUUAUGCAUACAAGAACUAGGCUGUGGGCCAGAGAUGUGGGAGGAGAGAGGAUUCACCAGAGACAGAGUGGGACAGAACAGGCAGACCUGCUGAAAUACGCUGCUGAGGGGAACAGCAGAGCAAGAAAGUCCGAGUUCUAUGAAAAACCAGGGAAGAAAAACUAAGAGGAUAGUAGACAAGGUCUUUCCGAUUUGCAUAAUAUUUCCUUCAUGGAUACAUUUUCAUAGCAUUAUUAUGUGAUGUGAGAAGUUUUUUGUUUUUUUUUUGUUUUUGUUUUUGUUUUUGUUUUUGAAGUAACAUGGAUUUUAUACUACAGAAUCAAGAGAUUGGCUUUAUAGGAAAAAUUGAGUUAUAAAAAGUGGUACAGGUUCUUUUAGAUAACCAUGACAACAUCCCAUAUGAAUGGGCAUGUUACUGAGGAAUCAGACAGCGAAGUAAAAAAUGUUGAUCUUGCAUCACCAGUGGAACAUCAGAAGCACCGAGAGAUGGCUGUUGACUGCCCAGGAGAUUUGGGCACCAGGAUGAUGCCAGUACGUCGAAGUGCACAGUUGGAGCGUAUUCGGCAACAACAGGAAGACAUGAGGCGUAGGCGAGAGGAAGAAGGGAAAAAACAAGAACUUGACCUUAAUUCUUCCAUGAGACUUAAGAAAUUAGCCCAAAUUCCGCCAAAGACUGGAAUAGAUAACCCUAUAUUUGAUACAGAAGAAGGAAUUGUCUUAGAAAGUCCUCAUUAUACUGUGAAAAUACUAGAAGUGGAAGACUUGUUUUCUUCACUUAAACAUAUUCAGCAUACUUUGGUCGAUUCUCAGAGCCAGGAGGAUAUUUCACUGCUCUUACAACUUGUACAAAAUAAAGAUUUCCAGAAUGCAUUUAAGAUACACAACGCUGUCACAGUACACAUGAACAAGGCCAGUCCUCCAUUUCCUCUUAUCUGCAGUGCGCAAGAUCUUGCACAAGAGGUACAAACUGUUUUGAAACCAGUCCACCAGAAAGAAGGUCAAGAAUUAACUGCUUUACUGAAUGCUCCACAUAUUCAGGCACUUUUACUGGCCCAUGAUAAGGUUGCUGAGCAGGAAAUGCAGCUAGAGCCCAUUACAGAUGAGAGAGUGUAUGAAAGCAUUGGCCAGUAUGGAGGAGAAACUGUAAAAAUAGUUCGUAUAGAAAAGGCUCGAGAUAUUCCAUUGGGGGCCACAGUUCGCAAUGAAAUGGAUUCUGUCAUCAUUAGUCGGAUAGUAAAAGGAGGUGCUGCAGAGAAAAGUGGUCUGUUACAUGAAGGCGAUGAAGUUCUGGAAAUUAAUGGCAUUGAAAUUCGGGGGAAAGAUGUCAAUGAGGUUUUUGACUUGUUGUCUGAUAUGCAUGGUACCUUGACAUUUGUUCUGAUUCCCAGUCAACAGAUCAAGCCUCCUCCUGCCAAAGAAACAGUAAUCCAUGUAAAGGCUCAUUUUGACUAUGACCCCUCAGAUGACCCUUAUGUUCCAUGUCGAGAGUUAGGUCUAUCUUUUCAAAAAGGGGAUAUACUUCAUGUAAUCAGCCAAGAAGAUCCAAAUUGGUGGCAAGCCUACAGGGAAGGAGAUGAAGAUAAUCAGCCUUUAGCAGGACUUGUUCCAGGGAAAAGCUUUCAGCAACAAAGGGAAGCCAUGAAGCAAACCAUAGAAGAAGAUAAGGAGCCAGAAAAAUCAGGAAAACUGUGGUGUGCCAAGAAGAAUAAAAAGAAGAGGAAAAAGGUCUUAUAUAAUGCCAAUAAAAAUGAUGAUUAUGACAAUGAAGAAAUCUUAACUUAUGAGGAAAUGUCACUUUAUCAUCAGCCAGCAAAUAGGAAAAGACCUAUCAUUUUGAUUGGUCCACAGAACUGUGGCCAGAAUGAAUUGCGUCAGAGACUCAUGAACAAAGAAAAAGACCGCUUUGCAUCUGCGGUUCCUCAUACCACUCGAAGUAGGCGAGACCAUGAAGUAGCUGGUAGAGAUUACCACUUUGUUUCACGGCAAGCAUUUGAGGCAGACAUAGCAGCUGGAAAGUUCAUUGAGCAUGGUGAAUUUGAGAAAAAUUUGUAUGGAACCAGCAUAGAUUCUGUACGGCAAGUGAUCAACUCUGGCAAAAUAUGCCUUUUAAGUCUUCGUACACAGUCUUUGAAGACUCUCCGGAACUCAGACUUGAAACCAUAUAUUAUUUUCAUUGCACCUCCUUCACAAGAAAGACUUCGGGCAUUAUUGGCCAAAGAGGGCAAGAAUCCAAAGCCUGAAGAGUUGAGAGAAAUCAUUGAGAAGACUAGAGAGAUGGAGCAAAAUAAUGGCCACUUCUUUGACACAGCAAUAGUGAAUUCAGAUCUUGAUAAAGCCUAUCAGGAAUUGCUUAGGUUAAUUAACAAACUUGAUACUGAACCUCAGUGGGUGCCAUCCACUUGGCUGAGGUGAAGGAAACAUCCAUUCUGUGGUAUGAAUGAAGUUGAUUUGGCAAAUUGCCCAUAGAAAGAUAGCCUUGAUACUUCAGCUCUGAGGAUACCAUGGCAUGCAGUAUAAGCUGUAGACCUAUUCUUAGAUCUUAAACUAGUGAGAAGUUCCCUUAGGCAGUUUGUGCACAGCAGUCUUUAUUCUCUGUACAUGACUUUAGAGGUUCUUGCCUUAUUUGGGGAUUCUAACAGAAGCUUUCAACAUAACAGUUCCAUUUUAUCCAUGUUCACUUUUUUCUGCCUAGUAAUAUUUCCAUGAAAAACAUGUAUAUAACAGUCCAUGUCUCUCAGAGUUAUAAAUAUUGGUGUUCUUUUAACAAUUAAUUUAAUGACCUCAAGGGAAUGGGGGUGGGGGACACUGUGUUUCUGUGUACUGGACAAGAUAGUACUUGGUUGGUUAAAAGACUGGUUUAGUCAUCAGAAAUACUAUUCUGAAGGAAAAAGACAAAAUGGUGCCAUUUGGGUCUGGAGCUACUCUGUUAGACUUCAUUAAUAUGUUUUCAAUUUUGGAAAAAAAAAAAAACAUUCCGUUAGAUGUACUGGUUUUUUAGCUCAAACUUUGUGGAUCAAACUUCACUGCACAUUCAGCAGACUCUGAGCUAGUGAAAACAUAUACAACAUAUGCUUAUCUUUUUAAAAAUAUGAUUUUCUGAAUUUUAAAUUGUCAAAACUAAUUUGAUAACCUCACUUCCUUUAUCUGCUCUGCAUAGUACAAUAUUUUUAUGAAUGACGUGUUCAUAUAGUGUUGACUUAAGUUCCUCAUGAUGCAAAUAGAUUUUUAUAUACAUGAGGACACAGGCUAUUUGACAGUUUUGCAUUUUUACAUAAGCACAGUAUAAUUUGACUGUGCUAUAUAUAGGUAAUAAACUGGAAUUCUGUGAUGAAUAUAGCUGCUGUACUAUAUAAUAUUUAACAGAUUUGAUAGAUGUUCAUUGAUUAUACAUUAUACUUGUUCAGCAUUGGAAUAAAAUUACAUCCUAGGAAAUACCAUGACAAUUGACUUUUAGAUCAGAAGGAAAGGACGACCUGAAAGUCAUUUGAACAUUUUAGGAAAAGAAGAUGGGGGUGGGGGGUUGGUUAUUUAGCACACAGAAACAGUUCUGUGUCGUAACAAGAUCUGCCUCUUAUAGCCAGAAUGGAACAGCUUGCUAAAUCAUGUUUAAGCUAACAGGAUUUUCGUACUGUUUCUUUAGCUGUAGCUUUAAAAUUCAAUUUCUGUAAAUGGCAUGGAAAGUUGUAGUCUUUUCAUGCCUUUAGAGAUGGUGUGAUGUGUGACAAACAACCUUAAAUGUGAAUGUCUUGAUUUUAUUUUUAUGAAGAUUUUAACUACAGCAUUUCCUGUUCCCAAAGCUAAACACUGGAAUAAUAUUGAGUUGUCACUUAAUUUAACAUAGCAAUUGUUUUUAAUAGAUAGUGUGUCUAAGUGUUAUAUAUUUGAUUUUUUUUCUCUUCCAUAUAAGUUUAUUUGAACAUACUUUAUAUGUUGCCUUUUUCUGUUCAAAUUCACAUGGCCUUGAAGUCAACCGGGGAGUAUGUCUUACAGGGAAAUAUAGUAAUUCCUUAGGAAGAAUGUCACAUUCCUGAGAGAAGGGAAGGAUGCCAUCCAUAUGGUCUAAUACACUUCAGUUUAUGGCAUGAAAAUGUGAAGGUCACACUGAUCUUCCACACUGAAGGGCAAGGAAUAUAAGCACUUAAUUUCCAGUUUUCCAGAUUACUUUCUCCUCAGGAAUGAAGGGCAGUCCUUGGAACACAACGGAAUUUUGUGCGCUGCUUAUAAUAACUGACAACUAUUUUAAAAGCUAAGAUCUAAAAUUUUGGCAGUUUAAGUUAGACUGAGAUUUUAGGUAGUGUCAGUUUGUGGCUUGUGCCAGUCCCAGUCUGCCAUACUGUGGCCACAUACUAUUAAGAUGCAAAUAGUUUUAAUAAGCAGAUCUCCUACCAAGUCACAUGCCAUGCCAUACUGUAUUUUCGUGAAGUCUAAGGUGACAGGAGAUAGUUUAGGGUUUGUUGAAGUCCUGUAGUUCUCUCCUUCCUCAUCAGAGUAGUAGAGGGAUAAAAAUGUUUUUGUCCCAAACUUUUCUCAAGCCUAGUGAAUGGAUGUGCUGAUAUUCAACACAGUCCCUAAACAAAGUGAAACUGAGUUGUUGCUGACUUCUUCAAAGACAGACAGAAAAAGCCUUGCUAUAUCUCCAGCUGCUCUCGCCACUUCCAUUUCCUGUCCCUCACUGGUUCUGAGACCCCAGUGUGAAGGUCUUACCCACUUCUAGGAAUGCUACCAUCAACUAAUGCAUAUGGGAAAUCCAAAUAAGGAAAUAGCAUCCUUUGAUAAAUUUUCUUAAGUCAGAACAAACAUAAGGAGAAUAGUAUUUAGACUAAUCCAGAUUUGCUUUCUAUGAAAAUCUAAUGUCUGGAUUUUUUUCCCCUUUUCAUAUGGUCUAAGGAAUAAGUAUUGUUAAAAAUGAUUUGAAUGUAAUUUUGUGAAUGUGUGUGGAAAAUAUAAACCAGGGAUUUAGCCUUAAUAAUAAAGGUAACCUUUCUGGCAUCUAUUGUUAAUCUGCCUUUGUACUCUUACCCUAUAUCUACACUCUGUUAUUUUGAGAAGUCAUACUGCACACUGUAUUAUAAAAUAAAAAGUAAAAUUAUAUUUGAAAUUUAAAAGAAAAAGUAUUUUCUCUUGCUGUGCUUAUGUCCUUAGCCAUACAGGGUUUUAACACAUCUAAUGACUACCCAGUGUUCAAGUUUUUGCCAGAAGUAAAUCCAUUGAAACCUCAAAAUGAAGCCUUUUAAUUUUGUUCUU